AUGAAAGAUUGGGAAGGGAAACUCAUAAAACGGUUCAGAACUUUGGUGCAAGACAUCGAUAAUGAUGUUUGGUUUGAUAGAUUGAAGCAUGGCAACGCUGAUGACAUUCUUAAUGGAUUGAAGCUCAUCAGAAAGAGUGUUACAUCUGUAAAACAGCUCUUUCCGGCAAAAGAAAGUCAGGUGACAGAAAUAACACAUUCGAUGCUUUUUACUGGGAAGGAUCAGACGUCUGAAGAUCAGGCUGUCGGGAAGGAUCAGACAAUGUCUGAAGAGUGGUCGAGGCUUGGCGUGGAGGAAAAAAUUUAUGUUAGCAAAGCAAUAUCAGAUUUUCGGAAAAGUUUUGACUGUCUGGAGAGCAAUCAAUUGAAAGUAUGCUCCUUGUGCCUUUCAAUUUUCCCAGAGAAUAGCAUCAUGAAGAAGAGACCCCUUAUUUACUGGUGGAUAGGAGAGGGUAUGGUCGCUAAAACCUCAGAAAAGACUGCAGAGGAGGUUGGAGAAGAUGUCUUUGGACAAUUGAUAAAUGAAAGCUUCAUAAUCCCCAAAGUUGAGAAUCAUUCUCCCAAUAUAAACAGUUUUAUCGUGCACCCUUGGAUUCGAAGAAUGCUGAUCUCAGUUGCAAAAGGACUUCACUUUUUUGAAUUUAAUCCUACAGGGAUGCCUAGCAAUGAUCAUCGUCAUGCAUUCUUAUUUGCGGGUCUUGAUGCUUCAGCCAGUGUGAUGCCUGAUGGUAUUCUUACGGUUUUCAAUGUGAAUUGUCAAUAUCUUAGAUUUGAACUUGACUGGCUCUCGAGGUUGAAUAGGGUUGAGGUUCUUCAGUUGGGCCGGUGGCAAAACUCUGUCGAACAUCAUAUUGAAGUGGAAUAUGAAGUCUCUUUGAAUGGUUUGGGAAGUCAGACAUCCCUAAGAUAUCUAAGCCUCAGAGGCAUUUCUAGAUUGACUAACCUACCUCGUUCUGUGCUUAAACUAAUAAACCUUGAGAUUCUGGAUUUACGUGCAUGUCACAGUCUAGAGAAACUGCCUUCUGAUAUAUCAGCACUGAGAAAUCUUACUCACUUGGACGUGUCAGAGUGUUACCUGCUCGAAAGGAUGCCAGACGGUAUUCAUAAGCUCUCUGCUCUCCAAGUACUAAAGGGUUUUGUGAUAGGAAGUGUUGGAAGAAAUCCGUGCAAGCUAAGUCAACUUGCUCAGUUAAAAAGGUUAAGGAAAUUGAGUAUACGAAUUGGGAAUGAAGCUGUAGGAGAAGGGGAGUUUUCAAACUUGGAGAACUUUGAAGCCCUGGAAAUUCUGAUAAUAUCAUGUGGAGCAGUUACAGAAGUUACAAAAGAUGCUCUAAAGACCAUCUCAGUCCCACCAAAACUUAAGAAAUUGGACCUCUGGUGCAUCCCUUUCGAAGAUAUGCCCAAUUGGCUAAAGCCGGGUGUAUUACAAUAUUUGGAAAAAUUAUACAUCACGGGAGGUGAACUCAAAAGCUUAAAGAACCAAGGUGAACAAACCUGGAAAGUAAAAAUUUUACGUUUGAAGUAUCUGAAGAACUUGAAAAUUAACGAGCAAGAAUUACAAACAAUGUUUCCUGAGGUGGAGUACUUGGAGGUCAAAUGCAACAAGGAGAUUGAUCGAGAUGAAUAUGAUCUAGAUAUCACACGGAACAAAAGGCAGAAUGAGAAGCAAUUGUAG